GACUCGUGCGAGGGAGGUUGCACCGGCCUGCGUCUGAGGGAGAGGAUCAUGUGCGCCCAGCCUGUAACGAACGUGAAGGAGGCCAAGUGGCAGAAGGUCCUGUAUGAGCGUCAGCCCUUUCCUGAUAACUACGUGGACCAGCGUUUCCUGGAGGAGCUCCGGAAGAACAUCUACGCCCGGAAAUACCAGUACUGGGCCGUGGUAUUCGAGUCCAGUGUGGUGGUCCAGCAGCUGUGUAGUGUCUGCGUUUUCGUCGUUAUCUGGUGGUAUUUGGAUGAGGGUCUUCUGGCCCCCCAGUGGCUUUUUGGGACUGGGCUGGCUUCUUCACUGAUUGGCUACGUUUUGUUUGAUCUCAUCGACGGAGGUGAAGGACGGAAGAAGAGCGGGAGGACGCGGUGGGCUGACCUGAAGAGCGCCCUCGUUUUCGUUACUUUCACAUACGGUUUCUCGCCAGUGCUGAAGACCCUGACGGAGUCCGUCAGCACCGACACCAUCUAUGCCAUGUCGGUCUUUAUGCUCUUAGGCCACCUCAUUUUCUUCGACUAUGGUGCCAAUGCCGCCAUUGUAUCCAGCACGCUGUCCUUGAAUAUGGCCAUCUUCGCUUCCGUCUGCCUCGCGUCACGCCUGCCCCGGUCCCUGCAUGCCUUCAUCAUGGUGACAUUUGCCAUCCAGAUCUUUGCCCUGUGGCCCAUGUUACAGAAGAAACUGAAGGCGUGUACUCCCCGCAGCUACGUGGGAGUGACGCUGCUUUUUGCGUUUUCAGCCUUGGGAGGCCUCCUGUCCAUCAGUGCUGUGGGAGCCAUCCUCUUCGCCCUUCUGCUGGUUUCCAUCUCUUGUCUCUGCCCUUUCUACCUCAUUCGCCUGCAGCUUUUCAAAGAAAACAUUCAUGGGCCUUGGGAUGAGGCUGAAAUCAAAGAAGACUUGUCCCGGUUUCUCAGCUAAGUUAGAGACUCCCAUUCUGUUAGGAGGGCAGGCUGCUAGACUGGCCUCCCCACUAAUGUAGGAUUUGAAGGCAGAGUCCCAUUCUGGAAGCAAUGUACCGAUGCGGGUCGGGGAGUGGAGAUCAAAAGAAAAACGUGUAACCAAAGGCGUGGGUGGUGAAGGUGCUUGUCCUUUCUGUUAUUUUGUGGAUGAAGAAGCUUCCUGGGGCCCUCUUGAGUUCUUGCCUCUCACUCACUGUAACAAAUGAAGUCAUGUGGUUUCUAUUUAUU